UCGAAAAUGCCACUAUUAAGGAAUUUUUGUGUUGGACGAAUUCUUUCAUUAGGAACUUGUUCGGUUGUUCAUAAAACCUUAGAGAAUAUAUCUUGGUUGCAUUCUAAACUCUGUACACAGGAUCUAUUUACAAGAAUUCCAAAUGUAAAAAAAUUGGGGAUUGAAGGUGGAUAUGAUGAAGGUCCAGAUUGUUUUUAUAAUUUGGUGCACUUGGGGCAGCUUGAGGCACUAAGCAUCAGAAGGUGGUAUCGUCUCGAACAUAUUCCAUGUAGCGGUAUCCCAUGGGCAACUAGUUUUCUACCAAAUCUUAAGAAGCUCAAAUUCUUUGAUACUAGGUUGCCAUGGAGUGAUAUGAAGCUUAUUGGUAUGUUGCCGAAUCUAGAGGUUCUAAAAUUGAUAGAUGCUUGCCAAGACAGAGAGUGGGAGACAUCUGAGGAAGGGUUCCGUCGAUUGAAGUGGUUGGUAAUUCAAAGCAGAUAUCUUGAAUAUUGGAAUGCUGAGGGUGACCAUUUUCCAGUGCUCGAAUGUUUAGAGUUACGUAAAUGCACCGAAUUGCAAGAGAUUCCUAGUGGCUUUGUGGAUAUCACCACGCUAGCAUUGAUUGAGUUAAACUACUGUCAUGAUUCACUUCUGACUUCUGCAAAGUGGAUUCAAGAUGAGAAGCUCAACAACUAUGGAAAUUCCAUCCUUGUUCGUUCCCGAAAACAUUAGCCUGAAAGAGUAAACAUCUCAGAGGAAGAAUAUGAUGAGGAGAAAUUGUUUGAAGACAGCUUUUGAAGAAUGUGACAACUCUGUUAUUUAUUUUGGUUUCUGGUUGUGGGAUGUUUAGAGAUCUGACGGAUGAUGCCUUGGCAUUAUAUUUCAGCACCUCAAUUUCAUCUAAUGUUUCAACUGUUUUAUUGUUCUCAUUUUAAGUCUUAUUUUGAAUUCAUUGUUAUACACAUAAGACACAUAUAAUGUUCGUUCUCAUACAUGUUUUACCAUAUUAAUAAAAUUGUUGUUUUAUAAUCAA